AUGCAGUCCCUCCGCCUCCGCCGCCGCCUCAAGACGCACUACUCACUCUACAUCCGCGACACUCCGGACCCCUUCGGAGGACGUGGGAGGUCGGAGUUGGACCAGCCGAGCAGGGAAGCAGACGGCGAAGGGAGUGCGAGUGGUCCGAAGGCGGUCAAGGCUGGGCAGGAUGGACAGGGCCAAUUCGUCGUUGCCUUCUCGACGCCUUCCGAUCCGCUCAACCCGCAGGACUGGCCCCUCCGCACCCGCGUCUUCACGACCUUCCUCCUCUCCCUCCUCGUCCUCUUCGUUGGCUCCGCCAGCUCAAUGAACGCCUUGGUCGCGAAGAAGGCGACUGCGGACUUAAAGGUGAGCGAGACGAUCGCGGACCUCGACACGGCGCUGUUCUUGACCGGCUUUGGCGUUGCCGCGCCUAUCAUGGCGCCUCUGUCGGAGCUCGCAGGCCGCAACCCCAUCUACCUCAUCUCGCUUCUCGCCGUGUGCUUACUUGAGAUCGGCGUCGCGCAAACCCACACAAUCUGGUCGCGCUGCGUCCUCCGCUUCCUCGCCGGCUGCUUCGCAACGACUCCGCUCUCGAAUGCAGGUGCCGCGAUGGGCGACUUGUGGGACAGGGAAGAGAGGAGCUGGACGUUUCCGUUGUUUGCGGUCGCGGGCUUCUUCGGACCUUGUCUCGGUCCUGUCAUCAGCGGCUGGGUCGCGCAGAGCACGUUGACCUACCGAUGGACGGACUGGAUACAGGCGGCGUGGGCCGGCUCGCUCUUGGUCAUUACGUUCUUACUCCUGCCCGAGACGUACCCGCCAACUCUGCUUGGCUGGAAGGCCGCAGAUACGCAGACCGCCCUCCUCACCCGCUGCGCUCGCUCACCCCCCUCUCGCACAGCAAUCCGCGAACGUACUCGAGACUCUCGCUACCUCACCGCACUCGAGCACAAGCGCCAGCAUAUCCCGUACCGUGUCGACUUCCUCAAGACCCUCGCGAGGCCGUUUGUGAUGCUCGUCGAAGAGCCGAUUGUCGUUUGCUUCCUCGCCUACUUGACUCUCGUGUACAUCGUCCUAUUCGGCUCGCUCGUCGCCUACCCGCUCAUCUUCGUCCCCUACAACCUCUCCGCCGGCAUCCUCGGCACCGUCGGAGUCGUCCUCUGCGGCGCGUGCGCCCCACUCAUGCUGUGGGACUACCGCCGCGGACUCGAACAAGCCUGGAAGAAGGGCUUAGACGAAGUCGAGCCGGAAGUUAGGUUGAGGGUUGCGAUGGUCGGGACUUGGGCGGUGCCGGCGGGGUUGGCAUGGAAUGCCUGGGUCUGCUAUCAAAGCGUCUCUGUCUUUGGCUCGUACGGAGCACAAGCGCUCUUCGGAUUCGGCAUCCUCUCCUGCUUCAUCUCGACGUAUCAGUACUUGAUCGACUCAUACGGUCAUGCGGCAGCUAGUGCGAUGUCGGCGACAACUUUUCUUCGCUACCCAGUCGCCGGCGCCUCGGUCCUCUUUACUCGCCCAAUGUACCACCGCCUAGACCGCCACUGGGCUCUCUCGCUCCUCGCCGGCCUCGCGCUCCUCAUGUCCUUCAUCCCGUUCGUCUUUUACCUCGCCGGACGCAGGAUCAGGAGGUGGAGCAGGUGGACGAUGCAUUAG